AUGGAGAUCGUCAUCGUAACCGUGUUAAUGAUUUUGACGGUACAAACCUGCCAUAGUGCAAACCAACAACGUUUCAUGAAAACGUUAUACUUGGCUGAAACUCGAGCUUUACUGAAUAAAGUCAUUCAGUGGAAGACGGUAUCAUCUCCAGUGAUAUGUGGGAGAGACUGCUCCAUGAACCCAAACUGUGGCUCAUUCAUCUAUCACAUCAAGAAACGUUUUUGUGUAUUGAAUAAUGCCAGCAGAGCUCAAAGCGCAGACGACUUCGUUGAGUUGCAAGGAAGUUUGUACUAUGAUGACAAUAUGAACAACCCUUCGUUUUCAGCACCCAUCAUUGAAAGUUACAGCAGUUGUUUGAUAAUGUUUCAAGCUGGUUACCGUGACACUGGAAUAUUAUACACAAUAUACCCAAAAAGUCUAACUCAUGGUUUACAAGUUUACUGUGAUAUGGAUACAGAUGGAGGAGGCUGGAUCGUGUUCCAGAGGCAACAAAUCGGCUCUGUUAACUUUUACCGUAACUGGGCUGAUUACCAAUCGGGGUUCGGUGAUCUGCAAAAAGAGUUGUGGUUAGGGAAUGAUAUCCUGCGUGACCUCACUGGGUCAGGUCAAUGGGAGCUCAGAGUAGAUAUGGAAUAUUGGCAGUCCAGGAUCGCUUGGGCUUUAUGGUGA